AUGGCUACAGAUGUCGUGCUCGAGACCACCAUGGGCGCCAUCAUUGUAGAACUGUACAAUGACCACGCCCCCAAGACUUGCAAGAACUUCGCAAGUCUGGCACAGCGAGGGUACUAUGACAACGUCAUCGUGCAUCGCGUCAUCCCAAACUUCAUGAUCCAGACGGGAGAUCCCACAGGGACUGGACGAGGUGGAAGCUCCAUCUAUGGAGACAAAUUCGAAGAUGAAAUACAUGCUUCUCUGAAGCACACUGGAGCAGGCGUAUUGAGCAUGGCGAACAGUGGCCAGAAUACCAAUGGAAGCCAAUUUUUCAUCACACUAGCCCCAACGCCGUGGCUAGACGGUAAGCAUACCAUUUUUGGUCGUGUCAAAAGUGGGAUGCGCAUCGUUCAGAGAAUGGGCUUAGUCAAGACGGGACCUGAGGAUAGGCCGCUGGAGCAAGUCAAGAUAAACCGAGCCAGGGUUGUCGAAACGACUGCAGACACGUGA